GAACAUCUGUGGCAGUCAAUGUCAAUCUCAAAAUGAGAAAUGAAAAUAUGUCAACAUCGAAAUUUCGUUGAUGUGACGAUAUUAGAAAAUUAAAAUGAGUAUAAAAUUGGACCCUACUACAACAGAGGUUUAUCAAAGCCUAUUUUCGAAAUUUGACAACUCUGAUAUAACCUAUCAGAAUUUUAUAAAAAGGCUUGCGACUUAUCAUUUUCAAGUGAAAGCCAUAAUACAGGAUAUCUUAGAAUGCAGGGAUUCAAUGGAAACUCUAAACGAACUCAACGAAAAGGGAAGAGCGAAGAUAAGUCAAAUAAGGGAUGAGAUGGAGGCAUUGGAGUUGUAUGGAAAGGACAAUGGAGAUCCCAAAUACGAUGUGGAGGUGGAGGCACAGAGACAUCAGCUAGCCAAUCUUUUAAAGGAAUUUAAAGAAGCUAACAUAACAAGUUUGUUUGCCAUAGAGAAAGUUCAAAGGGAGGAAUUGUUGAAGGGCGGUGGAGAGGAAUCCACCCUCAGGCAAAGGAAGAAAAAAGUAGACAGAGAUGAGUUACUUAAAAUGUCUUCAGGUGUGACUGAACAACUUCUAUCAAUAAGUAGGCAAUUAGCUGACACCACACAACGGAGUCAGGUCACGUUGGACAGCUUGGUGUCUUCCAGUUCUACUGUUCAUGGCACACAAUCGGAGCUUCAAAAUACAGCCAGCACCAUAUCGCAGUCCAGCAAACUCCUCACCAAGUAUGGACGUAGGGAGUUCACCGAUAAAGUUAUAAUGUUUUUUGCAUUCCUGUUUUUUUUGGCUGUGUGUCUCUACAUUGUGCAGAAGAGACUGUUUUAAUUAUUUGUGUGGUGUCAUUGUAAAAUUUUAAGUUAAUUUAUUAUGUAAUAAAUAUUUUUUUAUAGACUA